CCAUGUUCAACUACUUCAUUUUGUUUUAUUUUUCAAUUUCAAUGUUGAGUACCUUAAACAAUUGUCAUUGUUCAAUAACACCACAAUCCUCAAAGCCAAUAAACUCAUCAAUGAACUUUGCAAUUUUGAAUAAAUCAAUAAUUUCUUACAAUUUUCUUCAAAGGGUUUUCGCAAUUCGUGUUUAUUGUUCAAAUUCAAAGAGGAAUAAUUUGUUUUCCAGAAUUAGCCCUGUGAGAAAAGCGGAUCUUGUAUUUCCUGUUUUGGAUCAAUGGGUUGAUGAGGGUAGAAAGGUCAAUAGCUUUGAACUUCAGCGGAUUAUUCGUGAUCUUCGUAGCCGUAAACGGUUUUCUCAGGCUCUCCAGGUUUCAGAGUGGAUGAGUGUCAGAGGUCUCUGCCUUUUUAAGUCAGGAGACUGUGCUGUGCAUUUGGAUCUUAUUGGUGUUGUGCAUGGUUGGGAAGCUGCAGAGUGCUACUUUAAUAACCUUACCGAUGAGCAAAAGAAUGAUAAAACUUUUGGUGCUCUCUUCAACUGUUAUAUUAGAGAAGGCCUAGUUGAGAAGUCCCUAGCCCAUUUUCAGAAAAUGAAGGAACUUGGCUUUGCUUACAGCACUCUUGUUUACAACAAUCUCAUGUGCCUUUACAGAAAUACUGGCCAACUCGAGCGAGUCUCUGAUGUGUUGGCGGAGAUGAAGGAAAACGGUGUCACUCCUAAUAACUUCAGUUAUCGGGUCUGCAUCAAUUGCUGUGGAGAAAAAGCUGAUUUAAGUGGUAUGGAGAAGCUUCUUGAAGAAAUGGAAAGUCAGCCUUUCGUAUCAGUGGACUGGAUUACCUAUUCCAUGAUGGCUAAUGUUUACAUAAAAGCCAAGUUCAAGGAAAAGGCUCUUAUUUUCUUGAAAAAGCUAGAAGAUAAACUACAUAAAGAUGCAAUAGGUUACAAUCACUUGAUCUCCCACUAUGGAAAUCUAGGGAAUAAGGAAGAGAUGUUGCGAUUGUGGGGUGUACAUAAGGUCGUGUGUAAAAAGCAAAUUAACAGGGACUACAUCACCAUUCUAGGUUCCUUGGUGAAGCUUGAUGAUCUAGAGGCAGCUGAGACCGUGCUAAAGGAGUGGGAGUCUUCAUGCCGCACCUACGAUUUCAAAGUGCCAAAUAUCCUUCUAAUUGGAUAUUGCGAGAAGGGCUUAGUUGAUAAAGCCGAAACCAUGCUGCAAGAUAUUGUCAAGAAAGGUAAGACACCAAUCCCAAAUAGUUGGGCCAUCAUCGCUGCAGGGUACUUGAAUAUUGAUAAGAUGGAAAAGGCUUUUGAAUGCAUGAAAGAAGCUAUAGCUGUACGAGAACAAAAUCCAGGAUGGAGACCAAAACCCCAUCUGGUGUCGAGCAUAAGUAAAUGGCUCAGUGACCAACAAGACGUUAGAGAACUAGAGGCUUUCCGUAGCUCAUUAAAGACUAUAGUUACUGGAAAUAAAGAUGUGCAUGACACCUCUGGAAACACAGAAGCCAUUGGAAUAGGAGAAGAGAAUGAAAACGAGAAAAUUCUUAUCUAUGAGCAGAGCAAGUAAACUUCUGCUCAGGCCUGGGGGAACAGGCGUCUGUUGCAUUUUCUCCAUUAUCCACCUCCAUUUGCGUGGAGAAAACAGAGAUAAAAAGGAGUAAUCGCGCUGUUGUUGCUAUCGAGGCUAGCUUGUACACUAACAAUUUAUUCAUUAGUGUGCUUGAAGACUUGCGAAGUGCUGUGAAAAACAAUGGGAUAACAUUGCAGCGAGCUGCUUCUUGUGCUGUCAUGUCAAAAUAGGGGAAGAGAACUGGUGAUUUUGCAGCCUGGUUCGGAUUUUUUCCUCGAAAAUAGAUCAGCAUUUAUUAUGUGUUCACAGUUAUUUGUUUUUUCCCCCUAAAGCUAGAGUUUGAAAAGAUACAAUGUAUUUCAAGUUGAUUUAACUUCUAACUUCAAAAUAAACAGUUUACAAUUGCU